AUGUCCGCUUAUUUAAAUGAUACGCCAACAAAUUUAUCAUUAUUAAUGCCACAAGAUCAAAUGUUACUACUUUCAGAAAAUAACAAUAAAGAAACAAUCAGUCAAUUUAAUGUUCAUUUAUCCUCUCCUCCACUCCCGUGCAAAACAAUUGAAAAUUUAACACAACCAUUGAAUGUUGAACAAUUGAAUAAAACGCCACUGACAACAAAUAUUUACCAAACAGUUUCACCGACAGUAUGCAAUAAUAAUAAUUAUGAUAUUUCAUAUCAACUGAAUGAAUCACAGGUAUAUGCACCGAAUGAUGAAUAUAAAGAUUUAUCAUUGUAUGAAUUAAACUGUCAACGAAAACUGACAUCGAAUCCAUCAUCACCAUCUCCAGCAUUAAUCUCAUCAACGUCCUCGUCUUCGUCAUCAGUAUCAUCAGAAAAGGAGGAGAAAUCACAUUUUCAGUCUGUAUGUAAUUUACCUUCAUCGAAUGCUUACUAUCAACAAUUCUUAUUACAUUAUAAUAAAAAUAUUAUGGGUGAUACUAGUGAUUUAGUAAGUAAUAAUAUCAAUAAUAAUAAUCCUCUAAUCAUGUCAAAUUAUGACGCCAGUCAUUUACAGAGUACAGAGAAUAUUCUAUGUUCACAUAAUAGUGGGAAUACUGUAACCACAACAUCGAACUCUGUUAAUCUAAAUAAUGAUCACACUAAUACUGGUGAGAAUGAUGACACUGAUAGUUCCGGGCAUCAUCAUCAUCAUCCACAUCAUAAUUAUCACCAAAAUAUUAACUUAGACGACACUAAUUUCAAUCAUAGUUUAAAUAAAUACUGUCAUUCAGAAGUGUAUGAAAGCUAUUCACCAUGGUCACAAUAUUCUAAUCCUGCUGUUGUCAAUCCUACCAUUCAUAACAAUAAUAUUACUAACAAUAAACAUCUUGGGAUUGAUUCAUUGAAUAGUGGACAGAUAACCACGCCACAUAAUCCUCAUCAUCAACACUACCAACAACCUGAAUCGAAUUGGUUAUCUGGUAUACAAGCCUUGAUCAAUAACAGAUUUCCUAAUGAGGCUAGCAGUGAUACACCAAAAACUGCAUGGGAUACUCUUCAACACUAUCAGAAUUCACAAAUUCAACCUGUACAUAGUAAUAGUAAUGGCAAUAAUAAUAGCAAUAUUGAUAAUAGUUAUCAGACUCCAAUAUCUCACCUUCCACAUAAUGAUUCCCAAUGUUUCAUGCCUACACCCCAAAGGAGUAUAUAUCCAAAUUCAAUGGAUCCAUACUGUUAUUCUAAUGCUGAAAUAGAUCCAAUGAGAACAUUCGAUUCAUCUCCAGGUAUUCCUAUGAGUGAUAAUAAUGAUAAUUAUCACAGUAAUAGUAAUGAUAAUCUCUGGUCAAAUAAUAUGUCACAUUUCUUCAAUACAAAUGAUCCGUACAAAUCAAUUUUAAUGGCUGCCGCUGUUGCCCGCUAUCCAGCCUACAGUUCAAGCAUUCUUGAGAAUGAUCCUAAUAAAGACAAUACCUGUAUACCUAGUGCUAAUUCUAAUACUACUAAAAUUGCCAGUAAUAAUAGUAGUCAUAGCCAUAAUAACUCACCUAUUCAGUCAGAUUAUACUUCAUUUUAUAAAUCAUUUCUGUCGGCAAAUCAAACAGAAAUCAAUCAUUCAUUCAGGUGUUCAUUAAUGACUGACAGUCAAGUGGAAAGUGAAGAUCACUUGUCAGCAAAUAUGCCUAAACAUCAAACAUUUGAACCGUCCACCUCAAUAGCAUCCUUAUCAUCCCCAUCAUCGUCAUCACCAUCAACGGUUACAUUUAACAGUGACUAUCCAGUUGACAGUAGGAAGCCAACUUCAUCAUCGACGAAUAGUAAUAGUAAUAAUAAUAACAAUAGCCUAACAGUUAAACGAUAUGUUGGUCGACCAACAUGUGAUUGUCCCAAUUGUCAAGAACUGGAUCAUUUAAAUCUAACUAAUCCAACUACAGCUGCAGAAUUAAGACGUAAAAAUUUGCAUAAUUGUCAUGUACCAGGUUGUGGUAAAGUAUAUAAUAAAACCAGUCAUUUAAAAGCACAUUUAAGAUGGCAUACUGGUGAACGUCCAUUUGUAUGUAAUUGGUUAUUAUGCGGGAAACGUUUUACACGAUCUGAUGAAUUACAACGUCAUUUACGUACACAUACUGGUGAAAAGCGAUUUAUUUGUCCAUCAUGUCAUAAACGGUUUUUACGUAGUGAUCAUUUAAACAAACAUAUACGUACACAUUCGGAUGCACCAACAAUCAAUAAUAGUAAUACUGAUGAAAAUAAUGAACAGAAUGUAAGAAAAUCUUUAGAGAAAGACUAUUCAUCUAAUGUUAGUAAUGAUAAUGUCACUUAUGAACGUAACUCUCCAUCGAUUAUUUCAUCUUCUCAUAAUAUUAUAAUGAACUCUAAUGAAUUUAUUCGAUAG